GGCGCUGUCAGACCACAGGUCUGCAACAUGCAGGCGAGUCCAGGUAACCCUACGGUACCGCCUCUGUCGUCGGUCUAACCAACUUGUACAGCCCUCUGUUUUCAGACAAGUCUGACUGCAUCAAUUUUGUCUCACGUCUGGAUGGAAAUGACUGAAGUGUUCUCUUGACAGUAACACAAACGCCACGUGGUCGAUGCUGAAACCUGAAAUGUGGACAGGACUCACCUGAGACCUGGACUACACAUUUAGAAGAAUCUUUAACUUCACAACAGGUCUUUUUUUAUUUGGCCGCAAUACCCGGGUGUUGAUUAAAAUGUGUGUGCUGUGGACGAACUGCAUUUUCCUCUUGGCGUGUUGCUGUGGAUUAGGGUUUGGAAGCCCAAACAGAUGCGACGAAGUGCGCAAAGUUUUCCAGCUCAGGCAAAUUGGACCAAAUCAAUUACUGCCUUCAAGUCCCAGACCAGGUCCAGAUCUUCAGGUGUGCAUGUCUAAGAACUUGACAUGCUGCACCAAAAAGAUGGAAGAGAAGUACCAGGUGGCGGCCCGAAGAGACAUCCAGAACCUUCUUCAGACAUCCAGCUCUGGCCUCAAGUUUCUCAUCUCACACAAUGUGGCUGCUUUUCAAGAUACCUUUGAAGCUUUGCUGAGGCAGGCGGAGAAUCACACUAACACCCUCUUCCAGGAGGCGUACCGUAGCAUGGCUGAUCGGGCUGUGGGCCCGGUGCAGGAACUUUUCACAGACAUUGGUCUCUUCCUGCUGGGGUCGGAGCUCAGUGUUGAUGACUUAGUGCAGCGAUUCUUUGAUGCCCUCUUCCCACUGGUCUACAAUCACCUGCUCAACCCGGGUCUCAGUGACAUUUCACCAGGCUACGCUGAGUGUGUAAGGUUGUUAAGCCGUGAUCUAAAACCAUUUGGUGGAGCGACCAGCCUCCUUGCUGAUCAGAUUGCUCGCUCUGGGGUCUCUGGGAAGCUGCUUCUUCAGGCACUGCACCUCGGCAUCGAGGUCAUCAAUACUACAGACCACCUGCAGCUGAGCCGAGAGUGCAGACGAGCCCUGCUCAAGAUGCAUUACUGUCCUCACUGCCAGGGCUUAACCCAAUCCAGGCCUUGCAUGGGUUACUGUCUCAACGUGAUGCGAGGCUGUUUUGCGAGCAUGGCAGAGAUUGACACCAACUGGAGGGAGUUUGUUCUCUCGCUGGAGGGCCUGUCAGCACGGAUGCACGGUUCUCAGAAUUUAGAGCAAGUGCUUCUGGGACUUCACUUGCUGCUUCACGAUGCUGUCAAACAUGCUCAGAAAAAUGGACCACGCCUCUCAGCACAGGUGCACAAACUGUGUGGUCCAGCAAGCAGAAAGCCUGCGCAUUCAGUCAGCAACCAGCACAGCAGCAGCAGAGAAUCCAUUCCUCUUAUGAGAGCGUCAGGAGACUUGCUCACUGUCAGGAGAAGGGACUUUCUCAACAGUCUGCGUCACUAUCGUACCUACUACGGUGGCCUGGCAGAUCAGCUGUGUGUGAGUGAGCUGGCCUCUGGUGAUGGACUGUCCUGCUGGAACGGAACCGACAUUGUAAAAAGCUACACCCUCCGUGUGGUCGGCAAUGGGAUCAAAGCACAGAGUGCCAAUCCUGAAGUCAAAGUGAAGGAAGCAGAUCCUGUGAUAAAUCAGAUCAUUGACAAACUGAAACACAUCAAUCAGCUGUUGCAGGGGAAGUCCAUUCCUAAACUGGGGUCACUGGACCAGAUUGAAACAGGAAGUGGAGACACAGAAGGACGCUACAGUGGAGACUGUGAUGAUGAGGACGGCUGUGGUGGUUCAGGAGGUGGUGAGGUUAGGAGGAAAGUCUUCAGAGUCUCCAAAUUGAGUCCAGAUGUGACCAGCAAUCACAAACAUCAUUAUCGUCAUCAUCCACCUGCUGAGGAUUCAGAAAUGGGGGACAGAUCUAGGAGCCUCAGACUGACAGGAGCAACCUGGGUCUUGAUAUUGCCUUGUUUACGUAUGUUCCAGGCCUUGUAACAGCUGCCUUUAUGCAGCAUGAAACUUUCAAGACUAGAUUUCAAGCUUAUUUAUCCAGAAACGAGAGGGCCAGUCGAUGUAAUGGAGCACCACGUCCACGCAGUGCAGGACACAGUAGGAGUAAAUAUGUUGUGUGAAAAUAACCAGACACUGCGGCCUCUGUAAGCAUAAGGCUCAGCUUUGCAAGUAUUAAUUGAUUAUUUU